AUGUCUCGAAAUUGUGGCUCAUCAUAUUCGUCAACGUUAGGCAAAACGAAUAUUAAUGGUACAUGUAAUACGAAUAAUAAUCGUUUUGCUCAAGGCUAUCUGUCUAAUUGCUGUAAUAACCGAGAUUACUAUAAAUUACCGGUAAUAAAUAAUGGUACAACAAUGCCCAAUAAUAAUCCAUUGUUUUGUCGCACAUCGAAUCAGGCAUCCAAUCUACUAGCAUCGUCACCACCAUUUGCUGCCGAUGUUAAUCCCAUACAUUUUACCGAUAUAUGUAAUGUUAAUUGUGGUAAUGCUCACAAGAUCAAACCAUGUCCAUCAUCGGAUAUUUUUCCCGAUACAAAAAAUGCGUGCUCAUCAUCGUAUAAUAAUUGUAAAAUGUCUUGUCUACCUCCAAAUGGUUACAAGGAUAUGAAUCGUUCAAGUGACAAUAAUUAUGGUUUACAGACACCAGCAAAUAAAGGCUGGUCAAGUACAUCGUUUACGGGUUUUGGUAAAAGUGGUCUACAUCAACAAAAUAUGUCAUCACCAUUUGCGUUAGAUCGCCCUGGUGGAAAUUAUCCAAAUAGUGGAUACAAUAAUAAUUGUAAUACUCAACAACGACCAGUAACAUCAAAUGGUUUAUAUCACAAUUCAUUAUCGAAUAAUAGCAAUGGUUAUCUAAUGGGAAGUGGACAGAAAACAGUUUUACGGGAUCGACGUUUAGCGGAUGAAAUAUUACAAAAAGCAGGAAUACCCUUUUCAAAUCCUUGUGCAGUAGAUUGUGUGGAAGUUAUUUCAGAUUGUCCUGUGUCAGGUAAUGAUAAUAUUAGUUGUGAUCCACAUCCACUCUGUAUGAGAAAACCAGCUGAUUCUCAGCCGCCACCCCCACCACGUCAAGUUAUUGUAGAGCGUCUUCCAACGCCUCCGGCAAAGCCCCGCCAAAUUAUUUUUGAAAAAUGGCUUCCAUAUGAAGAACCUAAAGAUCGUCCAUGUAUAGUAGAAAAGGCUGAAGCUUGCAAUUAUCAAUCACCUCCAAAAAAUGUUAUUAUUCAAUACGAGUCACUUGAACCACGAAUUCAAGCAAACUGUGUCGACGAAGGUGUGCUUAGUAUGGAUCCGCAACAGUACGUUAAAGAACGACCAUCAGGAAAUGCUGAAGUUUGUUAUGUUGAUAAAAUUAGUAAUCUACCUGAUAAUAUCAGAUGUCAAUUAGGACCACAAGCGUUGGCUUGUGUGAACAGCGAUAGAAAUAAAAAUAUGAAUAUUGAUCAACAUUCAUUUAAUACGUGUGUUGUUCGAACUAAUCCACAACAGCAGCAACGCGAUAGUCGACGUCAACCUCGAUCAUCUCUAAAUUGUAGACCAGCAAUGUCUACUCCUUCCACUGGUAGACAACAGCAACUUUCUUCUCAUUGUUCGCAGCCUUGUCCACAACCGUGUACUAUGAGCAAUUACCGAAAUACAAAUAAUUAUUCAUCGGCAAGUUCUAUGCCUAAGUGUAUUACAAAAUACGAUAUAAAUCAAUUAGCACGUCCAGGACAACAAGCUAUGACAAACGUAUCACGUUCGUACUACAAUCCGUGGAUAACGACGUAUGGAGCGUCGUAUACAAAUAAGAAUCGAGUGGGAUGUAGAACUCACUAA